GCAACACAGAGAUAAUUAACCAGGUGCUGAGCGCAUGCUGCCAACCCGAGGCCAAUCAAUAUGCAUGCCUUCUAAUGCAUGUAGCAGUUGGCAUCCCUUCGCGCUCCAAAUCUCCUUACCCAUACAGUCACCUCUACCUGUGCAAUCCCUGAGUAGAAAAUUGUCCUCGCACAUUACCAAGACAUGUCCAAGAAAGGGGCGCAUGAACAAGGCGAAGAGGAGUGGAGACAAAUAAUUCUACAGCUCACUAUCGAGAAUAAAAGGUAUCAAGAUGCCUCGAAGAGCAAGAACUCGUCCGCGAUAGCUCAACACUCCGAAUCUAUUCCCGCUCUCAUGUAUCGAGCGGCAGAUGUCCAUCCCGACCCGAAAGUGAAAGAGAAGUUCAGGAAAAAUGCUGAGACUUGGGGCAGAGCUGGGACGGACGAAAGGGAAGAGAUGACGCAUCCCAUUGCCAAAGGUUUAGCUAUGCUUCUGGUAGCUCCGUUUGUAAUGGCGGGCGGUGUAGUCUUCGCCGCAGGUGCCAUUUUAUACGGAGCUGGGAUGGUAUUCGUUGGACUGGGGGAUGCCUUGACCUUCGGUCGAUUGAGAUCCUGAACACCUUUGGGAUGAUUCACUCUUUGCUGUUCGGUCUGGACGCUAAAUAUACCAUUACAUUACCAGGG